AUGCCUAUCAUGGAGCUCCUCCUGCAGCACGGCCCCGCCCACGCGGGCGCCGCAGACUUCGGCGGCCGGACGCCCUGCCACAUGGCCGCGCUGAAGGGCCACCUCGGCGCGGUCCAGAGGCUCGUGCGCGCGCGCGCCGACGCCGCCGCGCAGGCCCUCGACGGGCGCACCCCGCUGGACAUGGCGCGGCGCGGGCAGCACGCGCGCGUGAUCGGGUACCUCGAGGGGCUGCAGCGGCAGGCGGAGGCCGACGGCGAGGCGCUGCUCGCGGCGCGCGCGGUGCUGCGGACGCUGCUGCAGCGGGCAGCGGACGCCGCUGCGGCGGGGACACCCUGA